AUGGUUGAUGAAACCAAAGACUUAUCAAAAAAAGAACAAAUGAGUUUUUUAAUACGGUUUGUAGACAAAGAAUCAAAUAUUUGUGAGAGAUCAAUUGGUUGCUACCACAUGGCAAAUUCAAAUGCUGAAAGUUUGGCAAGUGAAAUAAUUAAAAUACUAUCAAUAAAUAAAUUGGAUAUCAUGAACUGUAUUGGACAAUGCUACGAUGGAGCUUCUGUUAUGAGUGGGCAGUAUUCCGGUGUUCAAGAAAGAAUACGCUCCAAAGUUCCUCAUGCCAUUUAUGUCCACUGCUAUGCUCAUCGUUUAAAUUUAUGUUUAGUUCAAACGCUACAAAAUAUACCCCACUUAUGUAAUUUUUUCAAUACAAUUCAAAACUUGUAUAAGUUUUUAAUGAAUGGGCAGAUAAGGUAUGAGCUAUUUGUCAGAGCUCAAAAAGAUAAACAAAUACCUGUAAUUCAUUUGGAGCGGUUGGUAGAAACAAGAUGGGCAUAUUGGUAUAAAUCAAUACAAAAAGUUAAUAUGCGUUUUACUGAAAUUUUAGAAGUUCUAUCAAUACUGAGUCAUCAGGGAGAUCAAACUGCAAGAGCUAUUGGUAUAUUAAAAGAAUUUUCAAAUAUUUCAUUUAUAAAAACUUCUCAUGCUAUGGAGAUUUUAUUACAAACUAUUCACUGUGCUUCAGUAGAACUUCAAGGCGCAAGUAUUAUACAAUCUUCAGCGGUUAAUUUGUUACAAAAUACGAAGCAAAAUAUCCAAAAAAUGCGUAACGAUACAUUUUGGGAUAAAAUUAAUAACAGCGCAAAAUUAGUUGCUGAAAAAAAUGAAAUAGUCUAUGAAAAUAGUUCAAGAAAUAGAAGACCAGUGAGAUUAAAUAGAAAUCUUCAAGAUUUUUUUGUUCAAUCAACAAUAGGACAAGGAACUUAUGAAAAUAAUAGCAAUACAUCAAUUGAAAAUAACUUGCCAUUGAGUGAUAUAAAAAUUAUUUUUUAUACUGCAAUUGACAGGUUUUUGAAUGAACUAAACCAUCGCUUCAGCAAUCCUAGUAAUGAAAUAGUUCUUACUUGUAACAUUUUCUCAUCCUCUAGUAUUGAUUAUUUUAAUUUAAAAAGUCCCCAUUUAGUUACCUUUAUUGAUCAUUAUAAACAUUUUAAAAUUAAUUAUGAAAAUCUUCAAUGUGAAUUUCCAUCUGCAAAAAAUUUAAUAAAUCAUGUAAACAUAGACAGAGAUGAUGGAAUUCAUGACCUUUAUUCUAUUUCAAAAAUUUUAAACCAACUUCCAAAUGGUUUUCAAGAAACUCUUAAAAUUAUAAAUAUCCUUAUGACUUUGCCUGUGACUACUGCAUCCAAUGAACGCUUCUUUUCUUCUCUAAAAUUAGUUAAAACCCAUCUACGGCUAACAAUGGGAAAUGAACGGCUGAGUGAUUUACUGGUCAUUGCGGUGGAAAGUGAUGUAUCAGGUAAAAUUAAUUUAGAUGAUGCGGUUGAUAUAUUUUCAAAAAUUAAAAAAAGAAGAUAUCCUUUGAUAAAUUAA